AAUAAAAACAAGUUUACUUGGUGGAUAUAUAAGUGGAUUAUGGUCUAGGACCGAUUCAGAAUUACCAAGCAACUGUAACAAUUAAGUUCCACCGAAGUUAAUUAUAAGUUUCCUUUUUCAAGAUGAAAUUUCUUUUAGCAGUUCUUGUCUUGGCAGUUGCUGCCCAUGAGGCAUACUCUCAAGCAUGCCAUAUGAGAGAGGUAGACCUCUGCAUGGCCAUUGGCAUGUUCCAUUACCAAAGUAACGGAAUUCCUCCUGAUGAUGAAAAAGUUACUGAGUGGUGCGAGACAAUGAAGGAGGUUAGUGAAUGCAUGGGCAACUACUCUUCCAAAUGUUUGUCUCCACUCCAAAGAGAGGUCAUCGGACUUUUAAGUGGGUCAGAAGAAGUGGCUACACAGAUUUGUACCCCAGGAUCUGAAGUCCGAGCACGUUACUUAAGACAUGGUGAAUGCUUGGCAGACGGUGCAGACAGUGACGAAUUUAAAUCCUUUAUGAAAGAUCUUCAAGUUGUCAUUGAAACCCUCUUUGAUACCACCUUCAAUAAAAGAUUCCCACUUUUGUGCUGUGGUUUCCGUCGAUUCCAUGUUGCCAUGGACGACAUGACACGCAGACGAUGUGGAGAUGACGCAAUCGAAAUGACAAGGAGCAUAAUGAACAUGAUUACCACUGAUUUGCCUACUACAAUGUGCCAACGAUAUGACCCAGAAAGCGAAGAGUGUGCUGCAGUUCUACCUCCUGUUGGUACUCCCUCGAAGGGGGCUGAGAAUAAGUCUCAACUUGGAAAACUUCUGGACACAGUAUUUGGAAACAUGUAGACAAAAAAGAAAAAGAAAGAAUCUGUGAUCAAGAAACCAGCCAUUUUAUAACUUAUUUUAAUUUAAUUAUUAGAGCUUUUAUCGAUUUUAGUUGGAUCAGAUGUAGCUGGUUAAAUGCUUUAUGCUAAAAAUCAACAAAGUCAGGAUGAUAUUUACUUCAUUUUAAAAAUAUUUUUGUGACUCCUAACGUGUUAGUACAUUAAAAAUAUUUUUGUGGCUCCUAACGUGUUAGUACAUUAAAAAUAUUUUUUUUACGUAACUGCCAUGGAGUCGAGCUAUUUUUACCAUAACUUAUUUGAAAUCCUGCAUAGAAUUUUUCCGUGUCUUUUUUUAACAAUCGAAAAGGAAAAUAGUUUUUUUUUUAUAGUAAAUAUGUUUUAGAUUUUCUCCUGUCAAAAAUAUUUUGCUUGUUUUAAAAACUGAUAAUGAAGAAAUUUUAAAUAGUUUAAUGAAAUUCAAAUAGUAGAGUUAAAAUACGUCAAUGUUUUUUUUCUCUUUUUUGCGAAAAAAAACUUUAAAAAAAAAAUUAGUCUUAGACGUUGCAAAGACGCUGUGACUCAUUCACUGUUCAUAAAACCAACUGUAUAUACACAACAUAACUCAUUUGAAGAAAAAUCAUGUAAGUUUUCCUGUGCACGAAAAUAAAAUUUUUGAUAAUA